GGCCAAGGUCGCUGAGGCUGAGCUCAAUGUGACCAUUGAGAGUCUCCGAACGCAAUUGGGUGAGGCCCAACGAGAAAUGAUUAUUGCAGAGGAACUGCGAAAGGGUCUUGAAUCGGAAUUGGUGAGUACCAUAGCCGAAUUUGCUGCAUUCCAGAGUACCAAACGUGCUGAAGCGGGGGCUGUCAGUGAACAGUUGGAGGGCAGUUUGGCCGAAAAUCGGGAGAAGAUCAACGCACUCACUAAACUUGUGAGUCAAUUGGAGACACAAAAGGCAACGGCACAGCAGGACAUCACUACACUCACGCAGAA